GGCCGCCGUCCGCAUUGCAGCCGCCCCAGCGUCAGCCGCCGCCCGCUGCCCCUGCGGGCGCUAUGAGGAGCCGCGCCGGAGCCGUCGCCUCAUCCCCGCACUGAGGAGCCGGAGCGAGCGAGGACGCCCGACCGCUUCACUCCCCUACUCCGCCCGCGCCGGAUCCUCUUCCAAGCUCGCGAAGCAACGAGCAGACUCGGAGAUCCUUGCGCGGGAGAAAAUAGUCCCGUCGCUGCUGCCUCCCGAAGAGGCGAGGGGGGCGAAGGAGAAAACCCAGCGAGGGAAGACGAGGAGCUCGGCUCCAGCUUGCGCCCCAUGUGACUGGCUCUCAGGGUGAGGGCAGCAAGGCCUAGCAACCCCCUCUGUUUCCCAGGCCGCAGCAGGAGCAGCAUCGGGGGGGCUCGUGUGCUGGGUGGAGGCAGCUGUUGGACCCAGUGGUGCUGCUGGGAAGGAUGGUUUUAUAAACGAGGAGUGAAGAAGCCCUGAGAAGAGAGAUCUAGAGGUGGAGAGGAUUUUUCCUGGUGGGGGGAGGAGGGCUGGAAUUUAAUGUUGCAUUUUUGAUCCCUCUCCACCUGAGAAAGAGGCACGCACACCAACCACCAGGAAGAGAAGAAGGCGAAAGGAAGAAAGGAGGAGAGGUGAUCAGAGGGGGAGAGAGAGAGAGACCAUGUCAGGGCGGCCCAGAACCACCUCCUUUGCAGAGAGCUGCAAACCAGUGCAGCAGCCUUCAGCAUUUGGCAGCAUGAAAGUUAGCAAACUGAUGAAGUUGCGCUGGUGCCGGAAUAGCGGUGGAAGAUCUAGAGAAAAUCCUGAGGGUAGACAAAGGCUCUGGGACUGCAGAACACUUGCAGUAGUAGGUCUGAGAGGAGAUAAAGAUGGCAGCAAAGUGACUACGGUGGUGGCAACUCCUGGACAGGGUCCAGAUCGACCACAAGAAGUUAGCUAUACAGACACCAAGGUGAUUGGAAAUGGGUCUUUUGGUGUUGUGUAUCAAGCCAAACUCUGCGAUUCGGGAGAGCUUGUGGCCAUUAAGAAAGUUCUUCAGGACAAAAGAUUUAAGAACCGAGAGCUCCAGAUCAUGAGAAAGUUGGAUCACUGUAACAUUGUCCGAUUGCGAUACUUCUUUUACUCUAGCGGAGAGAAGAAAGACGAGGUGUACCUCAACUUGGUGCUGGACUAUGUUCCUGAAACAGUAUACAGAGUUGCCAGACAUUAUAGUCGGGCCAAACAGACACUCCCUAUGAUCUAUGUCAAGUUGUACAUGUAUCAGCUGUUCCGGAGUUUAGCCUAUAUCCAUUCCUUUGGAAUCUGCCAUCGGGAUAUUAAACCACAGAACCUCUUGCUGGACCCUGAUACAGCUGUCCUAAAACUCUGUGACUUUGGAAGUGCAAAGCAGCUGGUUCGCGGAGAGCCUAAUGUCUCUUACAUCUGCUCUCGGUACUACAGGGCACCAGAGUUGAUCUUUGGAGCCACCGAUUAUACCUCCAGUAUAGAUGUGUGGUCAGCAGGCUGUGUAUUGGCUGAACUGUUACUUGGACAACCAAUCUUUCCAGGCGACAGUGGUGUGGAUCAGUUGGUGGAAAUAAUCAAGGUCCUGGGAACGCCUACAAGGGAACAAAUUAGAGAAAUGAAUCCAAACUACACUGAAUUCAAAUUCCCUCAGAUUAAGGCACAUCCAUGGACUAAGGACUCGUCAGGAACAGGACAUUUCACCUCAGGAGUGCGGGUCUUCCGACCCCGCACUCCACCAGAAGCAAUCGCACUAUGUAGCCGUCUGCUGGAGUACACCCCCACUGCCCGCCUGACUCCCCUGGAAGCAUGUGCGCACUCUUUUUUCGAUGAACUACGGGACCCAAAUGUCAAACUACCCAAUGGGCGAGAGAAACCUGCACUCUUCAACUUCACCACUCAAGAACUGUCAAGUAACCCAUCUUUGGCUUCGAUCCUCAUCCCUGCUCAUGCUCGGAAUCAAGCAGCUGCUUCAACCCCUACAAAUGCUACAGCAGCCUCAGAUUCCUGUACGGGGGGGCUCAUGGCACUGAUGGGAGCUGGCUUUUCAGGAAGAUGUUAACGCAGGAGAGCGAGGUCAGACCAAUAACGCAGCUUCAGCAUCAGCCUCCAACUCCUCCUGAAGUGGUCCCACGCAACCCAGCUGCACAGGAAAAAUCACCAGUUAUUUGAGUCUUGCUCAGCAACACUGGUCACAUUUGGAAAGAAAAUUAAAAAGAGGAAAAAACAAAACAAAACAAAACCCUGUUCAUUUUAGUGUUCAAUUUUUUUAUUAUUAUUGUUGUUCUUAUUUAACCUUGUAAAAUAUCUAUAAAUACAAACCAGUUUCAUUGUAUUCUCACUCUGCGGGGUCUCCAGGGCAAGGGAAUAGGUGGGGGGGAGAAGGAAAAGUGGAGCAAUAGAAACACACCAAUGUCUCUUCCCUUGACAAUCUCUUCAUAUGGAAAGUUUGCUGUUGUGUACUUCAGAACCAGGACUCUUGCCUCAUGCCCCCUCCCACAACAGAAAGAAGGAAAACAACCUCAUUCUCUGCUGACUUUUUUUUUAUAACCUCUUUUUUUAUUUUCUUUUUAAGUGAAGUUUCAGACUUUGGUAUAGUGCACAGCUUGAAUUUGGUUGGGAGCUUAGCCAGGGUCAUUCAACAGAGCUAAGUGUUUCUUGUAAGUGAAUCCAUAUCUAGGCUAUCUGAAGAACUGCCUUUGGCUUGGGCUGGGAGGUGGGGAGGUGAUAGGAUAAUAGGUAGCCCAGGGGGUGGGGGGUUCUUACUGUAUGUCUAAACUUGGAACUGCUAGUGGAAGACUUAUUUUAAAAAUUAGCGCUUGCAAUAGAGAAACCUGCAGCUUCAAUAUGGAAAAAAGUUUAUCAAGUGGGAUAUAUAUAUAUUUAUAAUAUAUACACACACGCAUGUCAAGCAUACUCAGUUAUUUAUUGAAGCAGCUUGUUUGCCUGGUCUGAGCUCCUCCACCAAGUCUUUGAACUUUUGUUUUUAAAAGAGCCAUAUAGUGCAAGAGAAUGGCCAGUCAGCUGUAAUCUCCAGCAGAGAGCUGAUGAUGAAUGGAAUCCCACAGGAGGAGGGGGCAGGCGGAGUUAUGGGGCCUUUUGGAAAGUGGCCACUGUGAAAACAUUUUUCAGUUUUUUGCUCUGAAUGGGAUGCCCUUUCCCAAGAUGCACACAGGAAAAGGACACCAGGGUUUAUAAUGUGAACUGUAACAAUCUACUGGUUUAUUUGUAAUAUUUUUUUACUGCAGUUUGAGCUUGCAGAUUGCCACGCUCUGUAGAUCUAAUUUUAAAUCCACAGUGAGAAUCUGUAUUUAAUUUCAUCAUUUUAACCUCCUGCUUUUUUAUCUUUAUUUAUUGAUGCAUGUGGAGUUGCCAUUAUGAUGUUUUUACAUUGGUAGAAUAAAAUACACAUCAAAGUGAUAUCAACAGUAACUUGUACCUGCUGACUUGAGGGGAAGCUGCCUACAUAAGUGUGUGUAUAUAAUAUAAAUAGAUAUGUGUAUAACAUAGAUACAGUACCGCUUUUUGAGUUUUAUUUUGUCUACAGUUGUUAAAUGGUCUGAUUGAAGCAUAAGAUGAAUGUUUUUGUUGCCAGUCUGAGUUUAAGGGGUUGUUUUUCUGUAGUGGUGAAUGGUGUAAGAAUCAAAGUCUCCAUUAAGUUAAAGCAAUAUUCUUGGAAGGAGUCAGUUGAGCAGCAGGAAGUUGCAGCUGCAGUGUAGAAAUAGACUUUUGAGACCUGGUCUGUCUUAUCCUUGACGUUGAUGUCCAUGUGGGCCUUAUACACGUUCAGAGAAACCUUAGUCACCUUGGUGCUUGUGGGCUGUUACUUGACCUGUGGAUCUUUAAGGCACAAUAAAUUGUUUCUGACAUUUACAGACUUUUAUGUGUGGCCCAGGAGUAGCCAGCAGUAGCGGCUAAAUAAACUCAGUCCCUGCAGGGUGGCAGGAGGUUUGUUUAUUAAUUCAGUACAUUUCCUGUCCCUGUGCUUCAUAUGUGUCCCUGUUCGUGGGAUUUUUUUGAAGGAAUGUUUCUUAGCAGCCGUAGAGGUCUCUCUGUCCUGUCUGAUAAACAGUGGAUGUCUGGGAGGGGAGUUGAAUGUAUACCUGGAAAGAGAAUGGAUAAUUCACCUUAGUUAUGUCCCUCAUUAUUUAGUGAAACCGAGGGCAACAGAAAAGAUUUUUAAACCGCUCUAGGCCGAUUACAGCUGAAGAGAAGGGAAACCACAUUUUUCAAUUGAACAAAAACACCCCCAGCUCCUGUAAUAAAUAACUGAAGCCUGAAAGGAGUGUUUAAUGCAAGAAAUCAGCCAGUGAGUGCCAUGGAUGACUGACUAGAACCUGGAUGAUCAAAUGUCCUGCGAGAUUUUAGAAGACUUGAAAAGCAGGCGACAGUAGCAGUGACUGGAUCUGCUUUAUAGACAAGACAGCUGGAAGGCUGGGCAAAGACAUUUACUCUGGACUGGGGACAGUAAAUUACCAAGUUGAUAAAAAUGGCUGCUUGUUUCAGGUGCCGUCCUAGAUGAUUUGUUUGGUUUUUUUUCCAUUCAAGGUUGGUAGAGGAGGAGAGUUAAGAGUUUUGCUCUCAUUCUUUUAGUUCUGCUUCAUGACGGUGUAAGUGUGUGUCUGUCCGUAGGCUGGCGUCUCUGAUUUUCUUUUUCAAGGAUCAUGGCAGGAUCACAAACACUUUUAUACAUGUUAGAUCCAGGCCUUGGAAUAACUUUUUGUUUCGUUUUCUUUUGUUUUGUAAAUAAGGGUAUGGGGGGAGCUCCUCACCAAAUUCAAGCUUGUACAUUAUUUUUGAUUGUUUUUAAAUUUUGAGUUUUAUUGUUUUUGUAUGUAAAUAUGUGGACCCAGGAACUGUUAUUAAUGAGCAAAAAGUUACCGUUCAGGGCAGUGAUUCUGUUUAAUAAUCAGACAAAAUGUAGACGAGCUUUUUAAAGCCAUAUAGUUUUAACUCUGUACAGUAGGUACCGGCCUGUAUUAUUGUAACAAUAACUCUAGCGAUGUAUAGUGUAUCUAUAUAGUUUGGAGUGCCUUCGCUUCCAUGAUUUUUUUUUAAUUGUAUUUCCCUUUUUUUUUCUUUUUUUUUCUUUUUUUUGAUCCUUUUUAACAACUGUAUCCCAGACAAAAUGGCAUCUUUGCUCCCCUGCUUUCUAACCCUUUGGAGUGCUUGUAAGGUUUCAGUGAUACCAUGGUCAGUAGUGGAACGAAAGGAAAUUGUGUUUGUGACUCAUUUCAUUCAAGCAGUGGCUUUGCUCUGGACGUUCUAAGGUUGCCCAUCACCGCACCCCAAUAGCAAUGACUGGUUUCAUUUUACACUUGCCCUCUUGGCACCUAGUAGCUAGCAGUAGAUUAGACUUUGUUCGUCUCUCCCUAUUCCAUGUGUCCAGAGGUCUUGGUGGACAGCAGCUUCCAGGAGCCUUUGGUUUUUUUUCUCUCUCCCUUCACUGUAUUAAAGAGAGAGCAAAUUGGGCUUUUACAAACAGAAAAGAGUUAAAAAUCCCCCUAGUGUUCUGCACUGGUAGCCAGACAGCCAGCAGGAUAGCUGUGGUGCUCUGGGGCCGUUACUGUAGAACACUAUAGCAGCUUUGUAAUAAGGGAAUUUGCUGUUCCCCAGCCCCUCCCCAUCUGUUUAUUUUCUUAAGAUGAUAACUUUGUUCUUGAUUUCUUGUGCCUAGCACAAAGGCCUUGUUUUUAAAACUAGUUCACUUGUGUUUUCUACCUUGUUAGUAUUCCACAUAUGAUUGUCUUGAAUGGGAAAACACUUAACUCUUUACCAAACCAAAGGUUGCUGUUUUGGGGGGUGGGGGGGUUGGUUGGUUUGUUUUUUGUUUGUUUGUUUUGGAUCCAUCUCGUGUCCAUUCCAGUGAGGCAGAAGCUGCACUUUCUUUCUGGUGACACGAAGGUCAGUGAUGUCAAUUUGGUUUUGACUCCACUCGGAAUUGUUACUAGCUUUUUUUUUUUAAUUUUUUUUUUUUGGCUUGUUUUUAAUGAAGUAUGGUCUUGAUCUGUCAUUUUGUCUACUCUGCAAUUGCAUACGUUUCUGAGAUGUAAUUAAUUACAUUCUCUGUGUCCCCUGGUGGACGUCAA